AUGCAAUCUACUACUUUGAUCUGGCUCUUUCUGGGCCUUCUCACUCUCGUAGGUGUUCCUCUCCCAAAUUUUCAUAGAGUCCAAUUGACCUUCAAGCCAGAUCCAAGCACUCCCAUCACCAAGCAUCGCAACCUCUUUGAACCCCCGAAAGGAAGUCAUCGAUCUCUUAGCCAUCCAUCGACGAGAAAUUGUGAGUAGAUCACCACUGCCACCACCUUCCCCUCUCCACUAACCACCCCCACAAGACUAAAGUAUGGUGCUGCUUCGAUAUGGACUUCCAUCACGGCUGGUCUGAAAUCGCCGAUAACAAAGCAAGCCUUGUCAUCGAAGAAUUACUCAAGUAUAAGACCGAGCCGGUUUACAAAAAAGGAUGUGUACGGGUAAUGUGUAUUGGAAACACCUCAGUCACGGUUUGUAACGAUGUAAGUGCCUCUGUCACACGAGUGGGGAAAAUUUUUAAUGAAAAAAUAAUGAUAGAAUGAGCAUGUCGUUACAGUAUCGACUGAUACUAUGGCAGCGUUCGUGGGUGCUGUUCAGGAUGUGUGUGGAAGAAAAUUCAAAAAGAAGCUUGACGAUGAGGGUGGUCAAACCUUUGAUGAGAAAAAGUUCAACGUCAUUGUCAGAGCUGAGAACUGCAAUGACAUCGUGGUAGAGCCCCCUGAAUGA